AUGAAUUAUUAUUUUAUCAUUUGUGUUCUUUUAUUUAUUGUUGGUACCAUUAUUAUUUAUUAUUUUGGUAAAUUAAAUUUCAACAAAAACACCCACAAUUACGACGGUUGCCAAUGCUCUUCCAUUAAUGGUGAAUUCUGCCGUUCCUGUACCAUUAAUGACCAAAACUGUGCAAGAAAAAAAGAAGAACGUCAACAACAACAACAAGAACAAUUACAACAACUAAAUCAGCUACUACAACAACAAAAACAACAACAACAACAACAACAACAAUUACAACACAUACAACAACUUCAACAACAACUACAAUAUCAACAACAUAGAAAACUAAUCAAUGAACAAUAUCAACAACAACAACAACAAUAUCAAAAAUUUCAACCAUUGGUCAAUACAAGAGGGUUGUCAAGUACUCAACCUCUUAAAUUAAAUGAAACUCAAAUGGCAGAGAUACGUUUAAAGGAACGUAUACAAUUAUAUUCAUUGAUGGUCAGAAGGGAAAUCCCAGGCGAUGGAAAUUGCCAGAUACAUUCUCUUUCUGAUCAAAUCUAUGGUGACUUGUGCCAUAGUAGAUUAAUUAGAAGCAAUAUUGCACAAUGGCUCAGAAAUAAUAAAGAUUUCAAACUUCCAAACGGAGCCAGCCUUUCUAACUUUGUCUCUGAAGCAAGUUGGGAAGAUUAUUGUAGCAAUAUGUCAAAAAAUGGUACAUGGGGUGACCAUUUAACACUAGUCGCCGCAGCUGAAUUAUAUAAAACAAAUAUUACAAUUAUUUCAUCAGUUGCAUCACAAAAUAGUUUCUUCAUUGAAAUUAAACCAAGAAUCAAAAGCGACCGUAAUAUUAUAUUAUCCCAUUUUUCCGAGUUUCAUUAUGGCUCAUUAUCCCAAAUGUGUAGAACACCAAGAGAUGUAGCAAAACAAGUAAGAUUUGUAUAUCAAGUAGAACAAUCAGCUUAUUAG